CCAUGUAAUGGCAACCUAAUACAUUAUGUAGCCAACAAAAUAAACAAUAUGCUACCUAUGGCCAGCAUUAAUAAACAACAGUGUUUCUGUUGUGGCAGUGUGAAGGCACCCAUGGCUGCUCACUUGGCAGCUACUAGACUAGAGAGAGAGAGAGAGAGAGGAAGUCCAUGUCCAAAAGAGAUACAAAGAGGCAGGACCUGAGUGCAGUAGUAAAAUGAGAGGAGAUAAAUAUGCAAUCUAUCCAAGACCUUCAGUUAGAAAGCUGCCAGCGUUUGGCAGCAUCUCAUCUCCUCCUCCCCUCUCUGAUGAUGGAGACACUGGAAGGAGAUGAACUCUGCUUUCCACAGCUCCUCAACGCCUCCUGCAGGAAGCCAAAGAGCAGUCAGACAGAAGUUGUGCUUUUCCACUUUCUCUCCUUCAUCUCUUUUCUCACUGCAGCUCUCAACCUGCUGGUCAUCAUCGCCAUCUCCCACUUCAGGCAGCUCCACACCACCACCAACCUCGUCCUUCUCUCUCUGGCUGUCUCAGACUUUCUCGUGGGCCUUGUGGUGAUCCCGGUUGAAAUGAUCUCAAUGAGUAACUGCUGGUUCUUCGGUGACAUCAUGUGUGGUGUGUAUUAUUUGUUACCCUGUGUCAUUAUCUAUAGCUCAGUAACAAGCAUGGUGCUCAUAUCAAUCGACCGGUAUGUGGCUAUUUGUUACCCUCUGCAUUACCACACCAGAGUCACUCUAAAAACAGUCAGAAUCUCUGUUAGUUUGUGUUGGGUCUACUCUCUCUUUGUCUGCAUUUUUAUUUUCUAUGAUCACCUGAAACAACCUGGCAAGUAUAAAUCUUGCUAUGGAGAAUGUGUGGUUAACAUUGCAGGAGAUGUGGAUCUUGUUCUUGGUUUCAUUCUCCCCAUAUCUAUUAUCAUAACUCUGUAUUUGAGAGUGUUUUCUGUUGCCAUCUCUCAAGCUCGGGCCAUGCGCUCCCACAUUGCAGUUGUCAUGCCGAUGCGUUCACAGACUGUGACUGCUAAGAGGUCUGAGAUCAAAGCAGCCAGGACUCUUGGUAUUGUUGUGGCUGUUUUUCUGAUGUGUUACUGUCCAUAUUACUAUGUCUCUCUCACAGGCGGCAAAAUAUUGAUUGGCACAUCAACUGAGAAUUUGAUGAGUUUUCUGGUGUAUUUUAACUCCUGUCUAAACCCUGUGAUCUAUGCUUUUUUCUACCCCUGGUUUAGAAAAGCUGUUAGACAGAUUGUUACACUUCAGGUAACACACCGUGGCUCCUGUAACGCCAACAUACUGUAGGGAGACAAUGACUUAUCUUCUGUCACAUAUAUAUGUUUUAUAGCUUAAUUUUGCUCCACAUUUAUCCUGAGAUCAAGUAUCAUCUUCCAUGAGUAAUACUGUUGUUCCUGUGCUGUCUAACGUCUAAUAAUAUUAAAUGUGUUUGUGUAAAUAUUCUGUCUGUUGUGUGAGAUAAGACGUACUUUAUUGUCUUUAGCUUCACAAAGCUUUCAUCUCCAGAUAUAACGGACCAAAAGUACAAUACAAAUGAACUUUUAUAAUAGUUAAGUCUGCCUUGUAUUUCAUUGUUUUCUUUGCCUCCC